CAUAACACCACCUCAAAGCGGGGGAGUCCGCGGGUUGUAUGAAUGCAUGGUCGACUACGAUCACCAACCGUUUUCUAUCACUUGGUCGGGUUCGCCUGAGGGUACUUGAGACAAUUGACUCACCGGGUUCCCCCAUCUGUGACCUUGCAAGGUUUCCCGACCUUAAGAAUGUCAGCGUUCAUUCAGUACAUCAAAAUUCCGAAAUAGCUGCAAUCUGGAGAGACUCGACGAUAGUUGAUUACGGUGCUUAUGCGUCCAUUCGAGUCACCGAGCACGGUCGAUUUCCUAUUCUCAAGCUUGCCCACCAAGACGAGCUGUCUAUCAAGCUCAUUCAACAUGAAAUCGACGUUCUCGCUGACUUGGCGAAGCUCGGACUUUUCAUUGUUGAAUUCGACCAGCAGCCAAUUUUGGACAAUGGAGUCAUUUGCGGCUACCGAAUGAACAGGCUCUUCAAAGUCGAACUAUCUGAGCUACGUUCGCGAACGGACGACAUCAAGCAAACACUGGAUCGGCUCCAUACUGCAGGCUUCAGCCAUGGGGACUUUAGUCCCAGCAACAUCAUGAAAGACGCGGAUGGCCAUAUUAUCUUGAUUGACUUUAGCUUUGCAGGCCGAUUAGGAAGCGAAGUCCCGUCUUUUUUUCCAAGGGUCUAUGCGGACGGUAUAUAUGGAACUAAUUCUGAUUUGGAAGCAUUUGGUAGAUACGCAGCCCCAAUAUAAUAUUCGCUCCCUCUGUCCUAAGGUUUAUGGUCACUGCACCAACUCGACCAAUAUGAAAUCGGUUCCUCCGUGACACCCUUGCAACCGGGUGUCCCUUUAUCCUUGCAGGAUUCGACCCCGCCAACUUUAACCACACACCCGCAGUUCGCCCAUUUUCUAACUUUUUGUACACACAUUGGAAUCGGAAAUAGCGGAGACCUUAUAGUUUCAAACGAGCAAAGUGUCUGGAGGCGUACAGGUCUACCGGAAUAGAGCGAAGAGAUGUUUUCAGAGGUACUGGCUGUUGUGUGCUUGAGGCGAAUUGUGUUGGAUGCAAAGUCUGGGAGGAGAGAGUUUCGUUGAGACGUCGGGCAAUGAUGAGAACAGUAGAUCUGUGGAAGAAAGACGGAGUAGGGAUUUGGCACUCUAUAUAGGAAGGAAUCUGAAGGUCACCAACAACCUAAAAUUCUCACUCAUGUAAGAGCGGGCAUAAUUGGGUGACAGUGAAAGCCGGCUCAAUGAGUCAAUUGCGUUCUUUUCAGCAGCGGGCUGAAUGAGGAAGCACGAAGUCCCAAACUACACCGGUGUGCCAUGCAGCAUCGGCGUGACAUACCCUCAAUUCAAAUGGCUCUUCCACGCUGCAAAACGCCACCAUCCCCG